AUGAAGUCUUCUCUUCAAACCUCUCGACUCGAUCUAUCUGGCCCUCCUCUUCUGCGGUCGUCAAAGUAUCCUCCGAGUGUAUGGCACGGCCACAACUCGAGCGAAUGCGAUGUCUCCUACCUCGACUACCAUGCGGUCGGCGAGCAACUGGAGCCCUGGAUACGACUCCCACACGGAUCACGUCGUCCGAUUGCGGCAUUACAAGACAUCUUGCUCGAGGAGCGUGUGCAUCGAGCCCUCACCACCUUUUUGGGGGAACACGAUCUGGCGGACAAGGUGCUCGCCAAGGCCGAAGCGCUGUUGGACUACGCCCCACAUCCCCUUUUCUGCUACGCGAAGCCAACGUGCGCCGCAACGAUACACGAGUGGCGCAUCCGCGUGCUCGAACCUCUUCUCGCAUUCCUUCUGGGUCAUUACACAUACAAGACGUUGGGGUCACCUGUGGAUCCAAGUCAUAAUGGCUUGCACUUCAUCCCCCCGGAUGCCUCCCAGCCGGCAGGGAUCACGCUUUUUCUGAGCGAGACAGGUCUAGGCACAACCUCAUGCCUGCCGAUCAUCUUCGAGCCCGACUCUAGCUUCAUGACGUUUGGGCCGCAACCGAAUCUGUUCGCGAGCAAGGACCAAUGCGCAAUGUAUCUGGAGCAAGAGGAUCCUAUUCCGCUCGACCCGAACGGCAAGAGUCUUGGUGCGCAAGCCAUGUUGAACAAGGUCAGACCUCAAGUGUCUAAUCACUUGGAGAUGGAUCCACAAUUUGAAUACAAGCGAUGGCGCUCUUCACUGACCUGACUGUGUCUGGACUUGUUUUGUUCCGUAGCUGGCCGUGGCAAUGGAAUCGGCCAUUCUACAAGACUCGGUGACAGGGACGACUUUGCGCGCACCUCGUUUCGGCAUGAUAAUCGGCUCGCGUAUGAGCGUACUAGCAGAAAUGGGUGAGCUCUAGCACUACAUCACGCAUCAUUCCUCACCGCCAAGCUAUAUGUUCUAAGAGGAUCCUGAACCUCGCCUCCAUACGCUUGCUCUUCCGAAGUCGAGAACCCGCAAAACGCUCAGGAAGUCGGGUAUGUGUUUUCUUCGAUCCUUCUUGAUCCGCGUGACGACGUAGCACAGCGCGAUCUUCCUAUGCCAUUCCGCUUCAAAACUCCAUGCCCCACGCUUCUUGUUCUCGCGGCAUUGGUCGACUACCUCAGCCAUACACCAGUGCCACCACCCGAAACGAUUGCGCGGCUGUUCGGUGCUCCAAAAAUCGACAUUCAGCAACCGAGGAGCGUAUCGAAGCAGGAUCGGAAACGAGCCUAUCGAGUCGGAUCGGGUUGGGCGCCACUCCCGUCGUCGGUUGAAGUAUGGAAUGGCCGGUGUUUCACCGUGCGGGCCAAACUCGACCGCAACAAGCAACCUGUGAGCGUCGACCUGCUCGGGCUUGGCCCCAGUUCGGGCUCGCUUCCCCACUGACUGACACGCGUCCUGUGCACCUGAUUACCAGCAACGGUUCGUUUGCAGGACCCGAGGUCGUUUGGAGCCCUUUCUUGGUGAGGAGUCAAGCGUGACGGAAGCAAUCAAGUUCAAGGUGUUUGAGAAACCAUCCACUGAAGAGCCGAGGCGUACGCACCGACCGAGUCGUCGCCUGAGCGUUCUUCCUCCAUCUUUGGUGGCCUAUCUGGAACGUGGCGGUGCUCAACGCCGUGAACGGAUCAAACAGCCAGCUCGUUUAUCGCCUCUCGGUGUGGAGAAUGCGAGUAACGUGCCCGUGCUCGACUUUCUGAAAUUGGUUGCUCUUGGCGGGACGGGGUGGGUGUAUGGCGGCAAACUGUCGCGAGCUCGAUCGCAAUCUGCGCACAGGUUGGAUGCCCCUCCGAAUCCGACGAAGAAGGAGUUGGUGAACCAACAACUCAACGUCGACCUCGAUGAUGGGCAAACACCAAGCUCGACGAUGCGACUACAGACGACGAAGAGCCGAAUGCCCUGGGAUCAUCCCGUCGUCAUCAAAGCCUUCCGCAAGAACGAUUGGGACUCUAUCAUUGCCGAAUCGCUAUUCUACGAACACGUUUUCCCGCUUUUGUCUCCCGAAGCUCAAGCACUUCUCCCUCGUUAUUAUGGCACGUUCCGUUCGACGGACGGGAAGGCGAUGAUGUUGGUCUUGGGAUACGGCGGUCGUCUUGUCCGGCCCGAAGACCAGACCGCCGAACUCGAAGAAAAAAAGGCGUGAGUGUUGGCCCAUCAUAGAUGGUGUUGUCAUCUCCCUCCGACCGCCAAUCCACCACUAACGAAGACCUGCGACGCAACUCUUCCCUAUUGGUUUUUCGGCAACCCCUCACCCGAUUGGCGCAGGGCGGCCUUCCGGGUCUUUUACGAACAAGGGAUCCAACAUGGUGACGCAGAGUAUCAAAACGUCUUGCUACGGGAUGAUGGCUCGGUUUGUAUCAUUGAUUGGAACCACGCCCAACUCGACUUUGAUCCGCGAUACUUGCGCGAUCCUGUUUUGAGAUCGAAAAGGCGCUGCGGUGAGAGCCCUCAGUGA